AUGACAAACCAGGAGCACCUCUACUUAAAUACAUUAGGAAUAGAACUUUUAGCAGAAAAGCUAUUUACCAGUAUCUGUCUCUUGAGGACACAUACACCAAGCUUAAUAAUCGCCAGAAAAACACAAAUUACCGAUUGGUUUAAACCAAAAACUACAAUCUUGUUAGCAGAAGUAGAUCACUCUCACCAACUUGAAGAUAUAUUAUAUACUGAUGCAGCAGGAGAAACCAUCCCACCUUCAACAGCCAGCCCAGCAGCAGAAACCAAUCCACCACCAACAGCCAGUAUGACAGCAACAACCACCCGACUCCCAGCAUGGGAAACAAUUCCACCAUCAACAGCCAGCCCAGCAGCAGAAACCAAUCCACCACCAACAGCCAGUACGACAGCAACAACCACCCGACUCCCAGUGUGGGAAACAAUUCCACCAUCAACAGCCAGCCCAGUAGCAGAUAUCAAUCCACCACCAACAGCCAGUAUGAAAGUAACAACCACUCAACUCUGA